CUUGUUCAUUGCUAACGCUCGUCCAGGGAGAAAGGUCAGAAGGGUCCUGGAGCUGCCCUGUCACUCCCAGACAGCCAUGAACUGCAGCGAGAGCCAGCGGCUGCGAACCCUCCUGAACCGCCUGCUGCUGGAGCUGCAGCACCGGGGCAACGCCAGUGGCCUGGGCGCUGGCCUCGGACCCAACAGGGGCAUGGGGGUCGUGCCUGACACCUUCUUGAGCAGCGAGGUGACCAGUCCCAAGGGCGACGACGCUUAUCUCUAUAUUCUCCUUAUCAUGAUCUUCUACGCGUGCCUGGCCGGAGGCCUCAUCCUGGCCUACACCCGUUCCCGCAAGCUCAUGGACGCCAAGGACCAGAUGUCCCAGGCCUGCCCCGAACACCAGUGGGUCACGGGAGGCGCCCUGGCCGCAGCCAACGCCGAGACUGCCUCCAGUUCACAGGCUGAGGGACGCCAUCAGCUCGCCCCUGGGGAACUGCCCGCCCUCGCCCAGAGCACCGAGCCGGUCUAGAACCACAACUGCAGCUCAGCUCUCUUGUGCCUUCCUCGUCUCUCUUAUUAUCCCUGGGCGCGGUCCCUGCCUCUUCCUUUCCUCCUCUUCCAGGGUUCGCCUCACCUAAGGCCCACACAGUGAUGAGCAGCCAGAAAACCUGGUUUGGAAGAAGCAUCAUCCUACCCACUCGGGGCCAGUUUCUCCCUCUUCUCUCUCCUCUCUCCUGCUUCCCCCGAUUCACUUCCCCCUCCAUUCCUACCCUACACAUCCAACUGCGUUAAAACUGCCUCUGCUCUCUUCUCUUCAGACAGCCCACACUCAAGCCCUCUGGGAACUGAAUCCAACAUAUCCAACACUUGGCAUUGAACUGAAGCAAUGAAGUCUAUCAGAACUCUGGGCCAUCUAACCGGCAGCUGCUCCAGGGGCUGCCAGGGACUGUUCACUCUGCAGAGCCAAUGGACUUGUCAUCACUGCCAGGCCCCGCUGCAGCAGCUCCAGCUUCCUGUUGCCUUAGAGACAGAGACAACGAAAAUGGAGAGACUUUAGAUAUCAUUUCCUUCCCUCCCUCUUUCAGCAGGGAGCUAGCAGGGCAUUAGGACCAGUCUGUGGAACAGAAUGGACAUAAUAGGGACUGAAGGGUGAGAGGGUCACAAAUGGGAAGGGAAGGCCUAUGACCCAACUGUAUGGUUUUCUUGCACCCAGUUGUCACCCCAAAGGUAACUUGCCUGAUUUUUAGUAGCUUUGCCAUCCAUCUUCUGCGAUGAGUAAUCAUUGCUGGAUGAAUCACCCCAAUACCUCAAAUGCUUCUCCUCUAUUGGUUUAGUUGUUAUGGCAGCUGUCUGCUUCAUCCAUGGAAUGCAAGGCUCAGAUGUCCCCUGCUCUGUAACCUGAGG